AUGCAAUUUCGUCUAACAGAGCAAGCCUUCAAAAAGUAUUUACGAGUGUAUCAACUGAGAAAAUACGUAGGGGAAGGUGGGGCAAGGUGGGGUAACGAGGCAAGAUGGGAAUGGUGCGAAAUUACCGAUAGAGGGGGUUGGACGGAAGAGCAGAUGAAGAAUGCUGUUUUAGCUGUAGUGGAAAAUAAAAUGGGUUAUUACUUAGCUGCAAAAUCUUUUGAAGUUCCUCAAACUACGUUGGAACGAAAAGAUCAAUUACCCCAAGCUAAUAUUCUCCAAAAUCCAGCGGAAAGUACAAACCCAAGAUUAAAUGAGAGCAAUCCUAAUACAUCGACGCAGUCAUCAAGCACACAGUCUCAGUCCUCCAGUCCUCAGCCAGGUUGUUCAUUUUGGAACACAAGUCAAGAGGAACAGAUUCAUUCGCCAUCACAAAAUACGUCAUUUGCACUAGUUAGUCCUAAGCAGCUACUGCCGCCACCGGUUACCACAAAGAAAAACAGAAUCCAAACUAGGAAAAAAGGGAAGACUGCAGUUAUAAAGUCUUCGCCUUAUAAGGAAGAGCUUGAGAAGGAAUUACAAGAAAAACAACAGAAGGAGCAACUAAAAGUCAAAAUGAACAUCGAUGAAGAAAGAAGAAAAACAGAAAAUAAUCGAGGAAAAACAAAAACUGAAAAAAAAAACAGCAAAAUCAGAUAA